CUAUUUGCCCCACCCCUGUCUCAGCCGUGAGAAAUAGAGCAAAAUACUGCAUGAAAGGCUCGGGCACACACCCAGAACCCGCCUGUACCCCUGGGACCGGGGCACCCCGCACCCCCCGCCUCCCGUGCUAGGGGAGGGCGCCUGGAUCACCCGGAACCACCGUCACCCCGCCUCUAGGACUAUCACCCCAAUACCCAGGAGGGGACUGCACCACGGAGCUGCCAGCUGGAUCUUGGGGUACACUAUCCGCACGAACUUGGGGAUCCCUCGCUCACAGUAGUAGAUCAUCGGGUUCCGGGGUUCGUGUGUUUGGGGGUUCACUUGGGGGCAGGAUUGAAAUUCUCGAACAUUCAUCCCCCAUCGUUUAGACAGAGCCCCCCGUUAGUGUGCAGGGUUUGGGGGUGUAUAGUGCAGAGUGGGGGAACCCUUGAACCCCAUCUCCCCAGCCGGAUCCAGGCGUGCACCCCACCUCCUCCCUGUGAACUGAGAAGGAGGAGGACUCAGGGCGACCAUUUUAAGACAGGAAGAGAGGGGGAGGCACCCUGACAUCCCCAUUAAUCCCCGCAGUAUUGGGGGGCAAGGCACCCUGACAUCCCCAUCAAUCCCCGCAGUAUUGGGGGGAGGGGGGCAAGGCACCCUGACAUCCCUAUCAAUCCUCGCAGUAUUGGGGGGAGGGGGGGCAAGGCACCCUGACAUCCCUAUCAAUCCUCGCAGUAUUGGGGGGAAAGGCGCCCUAACAUCCUGCUUUAUCAGCGCAGUAGUGGGGGGCAGGCACUCUGUUAUCCCCAUUAAUCCCCGCAGUAUUGGGGGGCAGGUAUCCUGUUAUCCCUAUUAACACCAAUAUUAUUGGGGGAGCGAGCACCCUAACAUCCCAUAAUACCCACUGUAUUGGAGAGCUUACAUCCCCAAUAUUCCCUGCAGUAUUGGGGGACCAGGCACCCAGACAUAUAACUAUUGAGGAGUGUCUGACAUUGAUUUAAAUAACGAGGGGUCCACAGAUUGUGACAUAGUUAGCCCCUGCAAUCUUUGGGGGCCAGGCACCCUGACUUAUACUUUACUAUUGGGGCGCCUGGCACCCAAAAAUUUAAUCUACAGCACCGAGUAUCCUGACACUAUAAUCCCUGCAGUAUUGGGGACCAGGGGACGUUGAUAUUGGGGGGACAUUGAAUCUUUGCAGUUUUGGGGAGCAGAAGCCUUGAUAUAUUUUUCUAUAGAUAUACGAAUGUUCUGGGGGUGAAGGGUAUAGUGUUUAGGGGCCAGCUUUAGUUCCCGAGGGAGGGGCCAGUGACCCCCGAAAGCCUGUGCUCCCCCCCCCCCCACACCCCGCUCCUGCCAUUAAUGAGCCCUAAUUAAUGCCUCAGCCUAAUGAGGAUAUAACUGGCGUGUCUUCCCCUCCCUCUAUCUCUGGACUCACGAGCUUCCUCGCCUGUUAUUAUCGCAAUUUUAGCGCUGGGUUUACCCGGUGUCUCGGAGACUAGGGAGGGCCGGGGCCUAGUUGUUUGUUUUGCAUCCUCCGCCUUUGUCGGUGUUUCCUGAACGCGUCUCCCGAAGCUUGGUGUGCCCUGGGUGGACUUGCUAACCGUGAAGGAUGGGGUGUCUGGGGAACAGUAAGACCGAGGACCAGCGGAAUGAGGAGAAGGCCCAGCGGGAGGCUAACAAGAAGAUCGAGAAGCAGCUACAGAAGGACAAGCAAGUCUACCGAGCCACGCAUCGACUACUACUGCUGGGUGCCGGGGAGUCUGGGAAAAGCACAAUUGUCAAACAGAUGAGAAUUCUCCAUGUGAAUGGAUUUAAUGCAGAGGAAAAGAAAAUUAAAAUCCAAGACAUAAAAAACAACAUAAAGGAAGCGAUAGAGACCAUUGUCACCGCCAUGGGAUGCUUGGUGCCUCGAGUGGAACUAGCAAAUUCUGAAAAUUUGUUCCGAAUUGAUUACAUCUUAAACUUGGCUAGUCAGAAGGACUUCGACUUCUCUUCAGAGUUCUAUGAACAUACAAAAACGCUCUGGCAAGACCUGGGAGUGCGAGCCUGCUACGAGAGGUCUAAUGAGUACCAGCUGAUUGACUGCGCUCAGUAUUUUCUAGACAAGAUUGACAUUGUGAAGCAGAAUGAUUACACUCCAACUGAUCAGGACUUGCUGCGAUGCAGAGUUCUGACAUCAGGAAUAUUCGAAACAAAGUUUCAAGUGGAUAAAGUAAACUUUCAUAUGUUUGAUGUUGGUGGCCAGCGUGACGAGCGCAGGAAAUGGAUCCAGUGUUUUAAUGAUGUGACCGCAAUUAUAUUUGUGGUCGCAAGCAGCAGUUAUAACAUGGUUAUUCGAGAGGACAAUCUGACCAACAGACUCCAAGAAGCAUUAAACCUCUUCAAGAGCAUCUGGAACAACAGGUGGCUACGGACCAUUUCAGUUAUUCUCUUCCUGAAUAAACAAGAUCUACUCGCAGAAAAGGUUUUGGUUGGGAAAUCCAAGAUUGAAGAUUACUUUCCAGAGUUUGCUCGCUACACCACCCCAGAUGAUGCAAACCCUGAGUUUGGAGAGGAUGCUAGAGUUACAAGAGCCAAGUAUUUUAUUAGGGAUGAAUUUCUUAGAAUCAGCACAGCAAGUGGGGACGGACGGCAUUAUUGCUACCCGCAUUUCACAUGUGCAGUGGAUACAGAAAAUAUCCGAAGAGUUUUUAAUGAUUGUCGGGACAUUAUCCAAAGGAUGCAUCUGCGCCAAUAUGAGCUCUUGUGAUGGAGAGCUUGCAUUUAUAUAUAUAUAUAUUUUUUUUUUUCUCUCCUUCUUGUGUUCUGGACUCCAGAUUUCUUAAAAAAAACAAAAAAACAAAAUAAAAAAAAAAAACAAAAACACAAAACAAUUACACAAAUUCUGAUAAACAACUUGAGGGUGAAGGGGGGGGGAAGGAGCCACUCUCCAGAUUGCACCCCUGCGCUUUCUUUGCUGCUGGACAAUUAUGGAACUGUUUGUUUGCACCCCACUGCCCUCAAACAGUGUGGGUCAGCGCCAAGACUCUCAAAAAUGGGCUCCCUACAAAUGCUAACCUUUAAAAGCAAAGCGUGUGACGGAUCUUUGUUGCAUCAUGCACAGUAUUGCAGCUGUAAGAGGGGUAUGCAAAAUGGGCACAGGUGCUGCUCUAUCCCCCUACUCCUCUUUCUCAGUAAUAAUGAUUGGGUGUCAUUUCCCCACUCCGCCAACUCUAGCCAUUCCCUGCAUCUGAACAUUGCUGCUGGAUCUGGAGAAAGGACCCCUUACGAACUGUGGCUGUUAAGUGGACACACUCCCUGGGAUCAUUGCGCAGGGAUUGAUGCCUUUCACAAGGGUGCCAUUUUUAACAAUAAAUACUUGGAUAUGAAUUUCAACAUAUCAAUGUAUUUAUUUCAAAAGGUCUUGGACGUUUUGCGUCUUAUGGUCGCUGAUUAAGCCACACUUUGUUUUUAACUUUUAAUUUUAUUUUAAUUUUUUUGCUCACUCUUCUUUCUCUUCUCUCUCCCACCUUCUCCCCCCCCCCCCCCCCCCCCCCCCCCCCCACACACCUUUUAGACAACCUUGUGUGAUCUUCAAAAUUUCAAUCAGAAGCGUAACUUUCAUCCUUUCUUCACAAACAUGAUCACUCCCCUCCUGUAAAACUCCCUUCACUUUUUAAUUUUGUUUUAUUUUACUGCUGGAUUAUUCUUGUACAGACUGUAAAAUGUAUUAUUUUGUACAACUUUAUUGAGAAAAAAAAAGAACUUGUAGAAGAUCUUUUGUGCCUUGAUUCUGGCUGUGCUCUUUACACUGAGCUACGAUGUAAGUAUGUCUGAUUACUCUGUACACUGAGCUAACAUGCAAGUAUGUCUGACUACUCUGUACAGCCGUGCUUGCUCAUUGUGGGGCAAAUUUACCUGGACUUAUAGUGGUUUUUGUUUCCUCUCCCCCCCCCUGUCCUUCUGGUUUAUAAAAGCAAAAGGCUUAUUAGUAAAUGUUGCAAAAUUAACCACUUUAAAGUGAGGUCUCCAUGAAGUGAUCCAACAUGACUUCAUCAUGCUUUUAUUUUAGUUUUAGCUCAUUUUUAUUCUAUCCAAAUGCGAAAACAUGGCUUGUUUCUACAUAAACCAAAUUUUACUACAAAUAAGUGCUAGUCUAUUUCUCCUUCCCUCCGUUUUGAUCUUUCUGUGGUCAUCCAAUCAAAACUACAAAAGAUUUUCACUUUAAAUGUGUGGUUUUUUUUUUCUGUUGCCAGAGCAAUUUGCCACAGGAGUAAUAUUCUUUAAGAAGCCGUGUUUUCCUGACUUACUGUUUUUAUAAAUAAAUGUUAGAUGGAAAAUUUCCUUUGCCUAAUGUGGCAGAUA